CUUUUCCGGAAGUCUUUUCUCUUCCCCAAUGGAAAAAGGAGACAAUAACAGUCAUUAUUAUGAAGGCUCUCUACUCGCACAAAAAACAAACUGCAAAUCCUUUAACAGCGAAAUAAAUUCAGAAAAUAGUUCCUCAAUUUAUUACAAUAGAAACAAUUCAAGAAUGAUUUCUGCUUAUGCUAUGGAAGAACAAAAACAGCAACUUUUUGGAAUUUGUGAAUUAAUACAGACAAAUAUUAAAGCUUUACUUGAACAAAUUGAGAAGAUUAUAAGGGGGAUAGCUAAAAGAGAAAGUGAUAUAAGUUAUGAAGAGAUGAGAUCGAGAUUGUUGGAUAUACUUGAAGAAUAUAGACUAGGGGCAUGGCCAGUAUUGGUGGAUGUUGACUCACAAGUUAAAUUGCUCUCUAAAACGGUUAGGCAAACAAUAGAUUCAUGCAAUAUAAGCGAACCUCGCCUAGCUUGGCUUCUUGCAAUUAAUAAAUUUCAGGUUAAUAUGGAAAAAAUGGUUGACAGAUUAGUUAACGAAGUAACUGCAGAUAUCGAAAGAGUUAUUAAAUUAAAUGUAAGAUGUGAUAUUAAUGGGCUUGAAUUGAAAAAAGAGACGAUUGAAAUAAUAAAAGAAAUGAAAGAAGAAAUUAACAAAUCACAACAAAAAAGAGAAUAA